GGUUUACUGAGAUCCGCCCUCACAUCAUGGCAACCAGUACUCCGCACUCGGAUCCACCACGAUCCGUCGCUCCUGAUGACGUCGACGACAAAAACAUCAAGGAGAAGAAUGAAGAAGUUUCCGAUACCGAGGUCGUCGCCGUCCCAUUCGACGGCGAUGUCCUCCGCGAGUCGGAUUACACGCCGGAGCAGUACAAGAAGCUGCUGAGGAAGAUAGACCGGUAUCUCUUGCCGCUGAUGUGGUUCUGCUAUGGCGUGCAGCAAACAGACAAGAUAUCGCUCAGCACGCAAGCCAUCUUCGGCCUGCGCGAGGACACGGGCCUCGUAGGCCAGCAAUACUCAUGGCUGACGACCAUCUUCUACAUCGCCUACCUCUGCGGCGAGUUCCCGUCCAACUUCCUGCUGCAGCGCUGGGCGCUGGGUCGGACCUUGAGCAUCUACAUGUUCUUCUGGGGAAUCUGCGUCAUCUGCGUCGCCGCAGCGCAGAACUGGUCGCAGCUCAUGGCCAUCCGCGCGCUGCAGGGCUUCUUCGAAUGCACCAUCUCGCCGGGCUUCGUGCUCAUCGGCAGCACAUGGUACCGGACGUCGGAGCACUCGGCGCGCGCCCUGUUCUGGAGCUCUGCCAAUGCCGGCUUCUCCAUCAUCGCCCACCUCGUCAUGUAUGGCAUCGGCUCCCACGCCGAGAAGUACGGCGGACUGGCGCCCUGGCGGUGCAUCUCGCUGUUCUUGGGCGCGUCGACCAUCUUUCUCUCGCUCUUGUGCUUUGCGCUGCUGGGCAGUCCCACCGAGGUGCGGUGGCUGAGCAAGGAUGAGAAGCGUAUGGCGGCGGCCCGUAUUCUAAAGAACAAGGCUGGCCGCGAUGUCACGGGGAUCAAAUGGUCGUGGCCACAAACUCUCGAAGCUUUCAAAGACCCCCAGCUUUGGUUCUGUACCGUCAACGCUUUCUUGUCGUCUGUCCCCAACGGUGGCCUUACUACGUUUGGCAGCAUACUGUACAAGUCUUUCGGCUUCACUGAACUGCAAGUUCUCCUGGUUGACAUACCGCGUAGUGUCGCCUCGCUCUUCAUCUUCCUCGCCAUCGGCAUCUACACCCGCCGCGUCAAGAACCGGCGCAUGUACAUCAUGGCGCUCUCCACGCUCCCACCCUUCAUCGGCUUCCUCGCCAUGUCCCUCCUCCCCAACACCGACGCCUACAAAUGGACCAAAUGGGGCAUGUACCUGCUCACAGUCCCCUUUGUGCUCUCCCUCUUCCUCGCCUGGACACUGAUCUCCUCCAACGUCGCCGGCCGCACCAAAAAGACGCUCAUCUCAUCCGCCACCUUCCUCGGCUACUGCGCCGGCAACAUGUGCGGCUCGCAGAUCUUCGUCGCCGCCGACGCCCCGCGCUACGUCCCCGGCACCAUCGGCUGCGCCGUCUGCUUCGCCACUGAGUGCGCCCUCGUCGUCGCCUGGCGCGCCUACUAUGUCUGGCAGAACCGUCGUCGCGACCGCGCUGCCGCUGCGGCGGGGCUGAGUCGCGACGAGCAGGAGCAGAUCGGAAGUAGGAUGGGCGAGGCCGAUGUUACGGAUUUGAAGAAUCCGCAUUUUAGAUAUACCUUGUAA